AUGGAGGUGCGUGAAGAAAGCUCAAGGCUGAUCAAGCCUCUUUACGAAAGCGAGCCUCCGUCGCUUACUGAAUCGGUCCCCCUCAGUGCCUUUGACAUGGUCACGUACAAUGCUAGCGAGGCUGUCAUCUUUGCUUUCGAGUCGAUGGAGGCAGUGGGAAACCAUGUAGUUGUGGAAGCCCUGGAAAAAGUGCUGGCAGAGUUUAGGGUUUGGGCUGGGAGGUUUGGCCGUGACUCAGAGGGCCGCCGAGCCAUACUCUUGAAUGAUGCUGGUGUUCAUCUUGUAGAGGUUACAGUGGGGUUCACACUCCAUCAGGCGUUCCCUACAGCGCCAACCCCUGCCCUGCUACACCUGCACCCAUCCGCGGACGGCACAGAGGAGUUGCUCCAAGUCCAACUCACUCGUUUCUCUUGCGGUGGCCUAGCUGUUGGGCUCACUUGCCAUCACUUUGUAGCUGAUGGCACUUCUGCUAUGGCCUUCUUCACUUCCUGGAGCAGAGUUGCCAGGGGAUUGCCCCUGCUCCAACAUCCACUACAUGAUCGCACCAUCUUUAUGCCCAGAGAAUCGCCGAGGUGCCCUUUCGAGCAUCUUGGAGUCGAAUACAUGAGACUUCGUAGUACUAGUCAUAAGACUAACAGUGUCGAUAUCCGGCCCUUGCCACCCCCAAGGGAUAGCAUUGUCCAGGGCCUAGUAGUUCAUAGGACACACUUCUCUUGCGAAUUCUUGGCAAUGCUCAAGGCCAAGGCCUCAAUUUGCAACCCUGACAAGCCUUACAGCACAUUUACGUGCUUGAUUGCUCAUGUGUGGAGGGUGGUUACAAAGGCCCGGGGGAUUGAGGGGCCUGUGACCACGAGUGUCCGGAUAUCAGUGGAUGGGAGGGCUAGGCUCAAACCCGCCGUGCCCAGGGAAUACUUUGGCAACGUGAUUCUAUGGGCCUUCCCUCAAGCCCAAGCUGGCGAGCUUUUGAAAGAGCCGUUGCACUUUGCAGCCAAGCUCGUGUAUGAUGCUGUUAAGAGCUUGGACAACGAAUAUUUCCGCUCGUUCAUCGACUUUACAAAGAUGAACGAGGGGGGCGAGGGCCUGGUGCCGAGUGCCGAGAUGGAGCAACUGGUGCUGUGCCCCAACUUAGAAGUGGAUUGUUGGUUAAAUCUCCCAUUUUAUGAAUUCGAUUUUGGAAGGGGGCCUCCCAGCAUUUUCAUGCCAUCAUGGCUUCCUUAUGAAGGAUUUAUUCUUGUGCUUCCUUCUAGAGGGAGGGAUGGGGGAGUAGAUGUUUUGGUGCCUCUGUUGGAGAACAACAUGACUAUCUUCAAGGAGAUAUGCUUUUCCAUGGACUAG